UAUGUGUUUAUUUUUAUAAACAAAAUAUAUUCAAUUUCUUUCUCCCUUUUUUUAUAGGAGAAAUUCAUUCUUUUUUUUUUAUUUAUUUAUUAUAGUCAUUCAUACAUCUUCAUUUCUUUCUUUUUUUCAUUUCAUAAUAAGCAGCAAUGGAGGAAAUUCAGACACGCAUAAAAGAAGUUCAGUCUAAAAUAGAACAAAAUACACAGUUGAAAAACAAAGCAAUUGAACUUCGCAAAUUCCUUCAGGACCGCAAUGCUCAACGCCAAUGUGAUACCCAAAUUAGAGAAUCACAACGUUACAUUGACUAUUUUACGGAAGAGUUAAAAAGACUAAAAAUAAAGAGUAACAGAGCAUCCUAUAUAUCCAUUAAAAGUCAUGAUAAUUCACAGCAAGACAACCAAUCUGUUGUAAAAUCACCUAUUCCGAUUUCUUUUGAAGAAAAAGAAGAAGAAGAAGCAGUAACAAAAAGAUUUUCAAAUUUAGAUCUUUUAGAGGCAGAUACACCUAUUAAUAGAGCCAAAGUCUCACUUAAACUUCAUGAACUUGAAUAUAAAGUUGAUGUUGAAAAGAAAGUUCAAGAGGGUAUUCGAAACCUUUCAAAGACUUUGUCAUCAACGACUGAUCGUCGUCGUAAGCAAGAACUAUCUGAAAAACAAUUGGAAAGUAUUGAAAAGAUGGCCUUAUUAGCCUAUGCUGUCAAGAAAUACAAGGAUUUAUAUUUAGGUGAAGAAGAAGACGGUCAUGUUGAUAAUGAUUCUACUAACAAUAUAAACGAGGAGAAAGGUAUGCCGGUGGCUCGUCGUCGUCCUGUAACGGGUCAGUUACAACUUAAAAUCGUUAAAGCCCAUGAGUUAGUUCAUGCUCCUACACGCAUGUUUCAAAACCCUCAAACGGCUGUGAUGAUCAAGAUUGAUGGCGCCAUUCAGAAUCGUACAAGACCGAGUCGUAAUGACGUUUGGGGUGAUCAGUUUGAUUUAAUUGUGGAUAAGGCUACUGAAGUUGAGCUUUUGAUCUAUGACCAAUCAGGGGAUCGUACAUUACCUAUCGGUCUAUUAUGGCUUAAAAUUUCAGAUAUCGCAGAGACAUUACGAAAACAGAAGCUUGAAAAUCAACCUGUAGGUAUUCAUGCAUGGUUUGAUGUAGAACCACUAGGUAAAAUUUUGCUGGAUCUUAACUUUAUAAGAGAUGUCAAGAAACGGCCAAUGGAUAAGCUGGGACGUGUAGGUGCUGUACGUGAACGUAAAGGGGAAAUACAUGAGAUGAAUGGACAUCAAUUUGUAGCCAGAAGGUUUUAUCAUAUUAUGAAAUGUGCUCUUUGUGGUGAUUUUAUGACCAAGUUAGCAUAUCAAUGUGAAGAUUGUGGAUUAGCAUGUCAUCGAAAAUGUUAUACAAAAGUAGUUACACGUUGUAUAUCCAGAUCUAAACUUAAACAUGAUGAAGAUGAGCUGAAACAUCGUAUUCCUCAUCGAUUUGAGCCACUCACUAUUAUUGGGGCUAAUUGGUGUUGCCAUUGUGGGUUUAUGUUACCACUUGGAUUUAGAGGAGCACAGAAAUGUGCAGAAUGUAGUGUUGUUUGUCAUACUAAAUGUGCUAAAUUGGUACCUGACUUUUGCGGUAUGUCAAUGGAAAAGGCGAAUUUAAUGCUAAGUGAAAUGAAAGCUGCAAACCGACGACGAACCAUACACGCUGAUUCACUAUCCCAAACAGAUUUACAAAAAGUACUUCCACGUCCACUUUCUGUACAUGAUACAAUUUCUUCAUCACAAACUCUCAUUAAUCUCUUUAACCAACCAUUUGAACCUAAGCAUACAGCCAUCACUACACCUGUCCAGGUGAAUCGUAAAGUGGGUUUAGAUGACUUCAAUUUCCUUGCUGUCCUUGGACGUGGUAAUUUUGGUAAAGUCAUGUUAGCCGAAGAAAAGUACACAAACGAACUCUAUGCAAUCAAGAUUCUCAAAAAGCGAUUUGUGUUGGACAAUGAUGAAGUAGAAAGUACGCGAGCUGAAAAACGCGUCUUUCUAGCAGCCAACCGGCACCCCUUCUUGGUCAAUCUUCAUUCAACCUUUCAAACAGAGACACGUAUCUAUUAUGUGAUGGAGUAUGUGAGUGGUGGUGACUUGAUGAUGCAUAUUCAACGAGAACUCUUUUCAGAGCAACGUGCUCGAUUUUAUGCAUGUGAGGUCUUAUUGGCCCUCGAAUACUUUCACCGUCAGGGAAUCAUUUAUCGAGAUCUCAAGCUAGAUAAUAUUAUGUUAGGUCUAGAUGGACAUAUCAAGUUGGCUGAUUAUGGGCUUUGUAAGGAUGGUAUGGUGGGUGAUAAGAAGACAAAUACAUUUUGUGGAACACCUGAAUUUAUGGCACCUGAGAUAUUGUUAGAACACAAAUAUGGAAGAGCUGUAGAUUGGUGGGCCUUUGGUGUAUUACUUUAUGAGAUGUUAUUAGGACAAUCCCCAUUUAAGGGAGAAGAUGAAGAUGAGAUUUUUGAUGCUGUAUUAGAGGAUAAAAUUAUGUAUCCAAAUGAGAUGACAAAGGAAUCAAUUUCAAUAUGUGAAGCUUUAUUAGAACGCAAUCCUGAAAAACGUUUGGGCGGUGGUAAAGGAGAUGCUCAAGAGAUAAAAGGACAUCUCUUUUUUGCGGGUGUCAAUUGGGAAGAUAUGUUAGCCAAACGUGUCAAACCACCCUAUAUACCUACUGUAAAUGGAAGAGCAGAUACGUCCAAUUUUGAUGAAGAAUUUACGAGAGAAAUUCCAAUUUUAACACCCAUUAAUGCUAUGUUAACUGAACAAGAUCAACAACCAUUUAUUAAUUUUUCGUAUGUUGCAAAUUGGGCAAUUGAUGGCAAUAUAGCAAAAUGAUCAUAUCUCCUUUUAUAUACUCUAUUUUAAAAUAAUAUUUUUGAUUAUUUUUUUUUCCUUAAUAAUGUUUUUUUUUCCCAAAAUUUAAUAAAGUAUUUCCAGAAUAA